UGUUGACAAUGCCCCGAGUAGGCAGAGGCAUGGUUGGAAUUGUGCUCCCAUCUCAAUGCUGCGAUUAAGACACUCACUGCUUACAUAUCAGCUCCGCUCUGCUCUAACAUAAUUCUCAAAGGCUAAUUCUUUUGUCAUGGUGUAUAGGAGACGGCUAACCUAAACCAAGAGCCUGAAUCAUUAAAGGAGCCAGAGAGGUUGACUCCAGUCUCCAGUCCCAAGGAGGAAAACGUUCCUGAAACUGACAACGGAGACAGUGAGCCUGUGGAAAGCAAAGAGGAGAGUAACCCAGAAGAGAAUCCAGUUAUGAACUUCUUCAAAACCCUAGUGACCCCUACUAAAACGUCCAAAAAGGAAACGGCUACUCCCGAUGCCGCAAAAGAUAAGUCCCAGAAGGAGACCCAACCAGCAGCAACCACUACUGUUGCACAAAUAUCUGAACCGCCUGCAGCACCCAAAGGAAUGUCUGUCCCACCACCCCCACCUCCAGAGCCACCGAAAAUGGAAAUCAAAGGAGAGCCAACUGCCAAACCUGUAAAGGCCUCGGCGAAAGAAGAACCUAAAGCUGCUGGAAAGGAGCCUGUGUCCUCGAAAGCAAAAUCAGCCAAAGAUACUCUGAGCAAAUUAUUCCGCCAGAAGUUUGAGGUAUUGCUAGGAGUCAAGACCUCCAAAAGCAAUGGUGCUUCAGCAAGUGGAGCCAAAGCCCCGGGCAAGACUGCAGCAGUGGAGACACCAGUGGAGGUGCCAGCGCCUGUUGUAGAAGUGCAGAUUCAAAAUGAGGUUGAACCUCAGGAGGCAGCAGCAGUGGGGGAAGAGCCCGUUGUAGAAGUGCAGAUAAAGGAAGAGGUACCACAACCAGUGGUAGAAACUGAGACGGUGGAUUCCUCAAAAGCUGGCACCCAGGAGGCUGCUGCAAAACCAGAGCCACCACCACCUGCUCAGGAAGAAAAGAAAAGCGCCUCAAAAUCACCAUUCCUUUCUUUCUUCAAGCCCCAAGUACUAUUAGAUCACAUGACCACAAAAGUCCAGGCAGCCUCCACAAGUGGAGUUCGGCUCCUCAGGAAAACUACUGGACUGGCUGCUGAGUCCAAGAAGGUGACCCCGACCCCACCUGCAGCAGCGGAGGCAGCUCAAGCAGUUAAAGCCAAGGAGGAACCUAAAGUGGCAGCCAAGUCUUCAGAGCAAGCUGCAGAUAACAAACCAGCCUCUGUGCCUUCCCAAGCUGGCGAUGAUGCAGCCAGCGUGCCCAAAAAACUGGAAAAGAGGAACUCCAUUCAGCUAUUCUUUAAAAAUCUGACUCAGAAACGUCCUUCUACAGACGCCGGAGUCCAGACAGAGCCACUGACCGCUGCUCAAGGAGCUGAGAAAGCCAAAUGAGACCAGAAGCAACCCUUACAUUUUCCUGUACAGUCUCCUUCCCUCCUUCUCACUUGUACUCAGUCCUUCUUUUUCUCUUUUAUCGCCUUCUUGAAUCCCCUGAGUUACUUUGACUACUUUGUUUUUUAAUUGUUACUGCUUAAAAGUCACGAUAUCAAAGGUAAGGUUUUGGAAGAAUAAAGGAAAGUGGACAGAACAGUUAGCAGGGAGUUGAACUUGUGGAGAUUUAAAAUGGUCAGAGGUUGUUUGGACAUAUUUUUUUGUCACAUAAAUGUCUUGUCAGCAAUGUGACCUUUUCUACAGACGUUUAAAAUGACUUUUCUCUGUUUUGCAAUCUAACAUACUGGGCUUAUGCAAUAUAUAGUGCCAUGCUUUGCCUUGAACAACUAUUUUGUGUUAAAUCGAUAAAACUCAAUGUCAUAUAGGUUCUAUUUUUACACUUCACACCAGAGAAUUCACACAGUUCAGGUAAUGCAGUGGUUAACAUGAAGUACGUAGAUAUGAGUCAUAGAAAUGCUCUUAAUGGAGCUGGUCUAAGGAGUAUUAAAGUUUAUAUAGCAGAGUGUGCUUACAGAUUUUUGAACUCUAUGCAAGUUAUAUGUGGACUAAAACAAAAAGGUACAUGCCAGAACAGCUAUCUUUUAGCUUAUGUGGGACAUCACAAUCUCUACUGAUCUUUGGGGAACUGAUUGUAAAUACUCAACAAAUGCUUAAAAAUGCAUCCGAGGUAUUGAAAUGGUGUCUUUGUGCAAAUGUCUCCUUGUGGUAUGUUCUGCAUUACUCAUAAAUCACAACCGAGAAGCUUUUAUUUUGAUUUUAGCACUUUGUCUCGUGUCAACUAACAAAAGUCUUCCGGUGUAAGUAAACUGUGUCAGGCGUAUGUGCAAUUAAUGUGACGCUGUAGUUUGUCGUUAUGUCGUGUGUAUGUGAAACUUGAGCUAUCCUGAAGACAAUAAAUGCAAAUAAAUAUACCACAUGCC